CUCUCUUCCUCAAUCCCAUCCUCUUUUGACUAAAGUUUUGAUCUAGCUUGACAAAUUGACAUGCUCAUAAUUCAACUCAGUCAUUAGUGACAUUUGGUGGUCGAUCAACUGUAAUUUCAGAUCCUUCCACCUCUUUAAUUUUUCGUAAUUCGUGCUUGUUCUUUUCAGGUCUACUUUUGAUCUUUCUUCUCUCUGGAAAACAGAAUAAUUUUUGGUAUGUCAAAUUCAGACUUUUUCCAAGUGAAGGAAGAAGAUGAUAAAAAAAAUAUAUCCAGUGAUGACAUACAACUUCCCACGUCCAACAAUCCAGAUAGGUGCAUAGAUAUUGCACCUAGUCAACAUGAUAGCGUUGACGCAAAACAAGAUGAAAAUAAUCCAGAUGAUAAUGAUGGUGAUGAUAAUAUCAAGAAAAAAGAAAUAUUUCGUGAGGAAAACUGUUCAGAGGAUCAAGAUGAUAAAGGUAGGUCAUGUCCAGGUCAAUCCGAUAUAAUUGGAAUGAUACAGAGGAGAUCAAUACAAGUGGAGCUACUCGAGGAUGACACACAAAAAUCGAGAAAUAAUUCCAGUGAUGAUGGAUUUACGACACCAACUUCUUCGGAUCACAAAAUCCCAGUGAUGACAACGUGUCCACCUGCACCCAAAAAAGGUAUCAAAAGAAGAUUUUCAGUUUCACCAAACAUACAUCCAACUCUCCAGGUUGACGUUGAAUCCAUUAUUCAGGAAGAAGAUUUGGGAGGUAAUAACAAGAAAUUAAGAAAAAAUGAUCAUCAAGAAUGAACAAUACAUUUCCUACAGUAUUAAAGGUGAGAAACAAAAUUCAUCCUACAAUAUAUAUUCAUAUACCUUUAUAUCAUACGGAUUUAAGUUGCAUAAAAUGAUAGUAUAAUAAUUUAACAUGUUAUGAUAGGUACUUAUUUACUAAGUUGCUCGGAUCCUUCAAAAAUAUUUUACUUUUGAAUAAUCCAACAUAUAUCUGAUGUCAUUUGCGAAGAGUCCAAUCCGACCAACAUGGCUUAUUUACCCUUUUUUAUUGGUUACAAAUAACUAUAUAUACACACACAUGUAUUCGAUUACCUUAUUUAUAUGUAAUUAAUUACCUUAUAAAUUAGUUGAUUGUGCAGAAAUUUUAUAUUGACAUCCCCUUUGCCGAUAAUAAAGAAUGGAUCAAUGAUCCAUAUAUCAUUUCAUUUCUGUAUUUUUCACCUUUGAAGAUUCUCUGCGAGGCAUAAUAUUCCAUAAGCUUGUAUUUCUCUAAGUAGCAUCCUUUUAUGAUCGAUUAUUUUGGAUGGUUGCUAUGAAUUGUAUUGUGUUUAUUAUGAUUGUUAUUUAUAUUAGAUUGUAUUGUAGCGUCAUCUCAUUUUAUGUAACGAUCGGUUUGGUGUGACAACAUGAUAACUUUUUUUCCUCUCAUUUUG